CUUUGGGGGAAGUUGGGAAUCCCCGAAAGUGGCUUUAUAGAAACGUAUGGACCGGCAGGAAACAUCUCUUAUAAUAUUGAAAUCUGUUAUUUUGUGCAUCCGACCAUUUCGAUUCACGGACACUUUAAAGAUCUGAUAAGAUGGUGUACAUGGUGGUUGAGAAGCACACAUCUGAACUUCUCCAUCUGAAAAGAUCACCAGGGAUGAGAUCUUGGUCCCUGUUUGUCGGGAUUGUGUCAGUUGGCCUCGCAGCAGCAUAUUACAGUUCAGACAGCGUGUUAUGGAAACUAUUUUAUGUAACAGGCUGCCUAUUUGUUGCCUUACAAAACAUGGAGGAGUGGGAAGAGGCAACAUUUGACAAACCGAACAGUGUGAUUGAACUGAAAACCUUCAGUCUGUAUGCAAUGAUACUCACGUUGUGGAAAAAAGGACAAGAAAAAGUGUUGCUGGAUUUGCGGCAUUUGCGUGAUAUAAGCAUUCAAGAGGAGAAGGUGCGGUACCUGGGGACGGGUUAUGUACUGGUGCUUCGGAUGGCCACUGGAUUCUCACAUCCUCUCACUCAGAACGCUACCCUCAGUGGACGCAGUGAUGUAGAGGACCUUUCUGUACUUCUGAAGCGCUUUUUGGAACUCGAGGCUUUGCAGCAAAAUCUGACUCAGGAAGAUGAGGAUGAGCAUUGCAAUGAAGAUGAUGAUGACUUUGAGCAGCUGGGGAUGGAGGGGGACGACGAGAGCAGUGAUUCAAGCGAUCAGCAUGAACGGCCAACUCAGUGACCUCUGAUCCUAUGAACAUGUUUUCGACACUGAAUCUUAAUUGACCCUAAUUAACAACCCAAACACUCAGUCUUAAGGAUGAGCAGCUAUCUGAGAACAUUCCCCUUUAUAUCAGUGCAUGAAUAUUAUAUCUGUCUUAACGUAAUCUUUUUGUCUACCUCAGUAAAGAUGCCUUACCUAGAAUGUCUGGCAAGCUCUAAAUAGGUAGUGAGUAUGGCUAAGUAGUAGUAGUAGUAAUAAUAAUAAUAAUAAUAAUAAUAAUAAUAAUAAUAAUAAGAUGAAGAAGAAGAAGUAGUAAGAAGAAGAAGAAGACUGUAUAGGAUAUUAUAUAUUCAAACUGUCUUUUGAAAAUACUUUCCAAAUCUUUGGUGUAGAAAAAAUGCAAAUUUUCCUCUGGAUGGUUUAAGAAGGUAGUACUGCAUGAUUUUAAAUUUUGAUUUGAUGCACAAUCAUUCAUCGACCCUGACAUGUGUACAGGUGCUAAAACUAUAAGGGCUUUAAAAACCACUAGAAGAGUUAUGAGAUUGUGUGUAUGAUGGCAUUGGACAUUAUUAAAAAUGGUCAGCACUUAACUCAAAGUAAUGAUUUUUAGGCUGUAUAUAUUUGUUGUAAAAUAUUUUAGCUCACUGUGAUCAUAUUAAAAAAAAAAUUUGAUGAAUAG